CAUGGCCGCGGCCGGGAUGCAGGGGCUCCGCGGGCUGGGGGCCGCCCUGCGCCUGCUGCCUGCACGCCGGCCUCUGCACCACGCGGCCUCAUCGCGAGACUUGCUGCUCUUCGAGCACGAGCGGGGCCGCUUUUUCACCAUCCUUGGGCUGUUCUGCGCGGGCCAGGGUGUCUUUUGGGGCUCCCUGGCUGUGGCGGCAUUAUUCCCACCCCCAGCCUCUGCACCACCUCAAGAAGCCGGGGCCCCCAAACAGGGCCGCUGGGACCUGCGCUCCGCGCUCUGGCGGUACGCCCUGGCUGUCGGCUGCAUGGCCAUCGGAACUUUGGUACUUGGUGGUGGUCUUCUCUUCUCUCUCCGAUCUGUGCGUUCAGUGAUGCUUCGAGCUGGAGGGCAGCAGGUGACUUUCACCACUCAUGGUCCUUUUGGCUUGGGGACUCACCUCACUGUCCCACUGAACCAGGUAUCUUGCAUGGCUCACCGAGGGGAAGUCCCUGCUAUGUUACCUCUGAAAGUCAAAGGCCGGCGCUUCUACUUUCUCUUGGACAAAGCUGGAUACUUUCCCAAUGCUCAACUCUUUGACAACACCGUGGGUGCCUAUCGGAACUUGUGAACAAACCACCUUGGGUGGGGGAGGAAAACCUUAAGGAUUUUAGAGGGGUCACAAAAGAGGGCCCAAGAGUCAUUAAUACCAAAUAAAGGAAUCUUCCAAAAGGCAA